GUUUUGCGCAUGCGCUUUGCAUCAGCUGGAACAGCAGCCUAAGGUGGUCAUCCUGCGCUGCACUUGCGGACAUAAAUCCUACGUAGGUCGAUUGAGGGUGUUUGGCGGUCAUGGCAUCCGGAGGAUUCGUGCAGGCGGCCGUGCUCCUCCUGGCCGUCCAGCUCAUCUGCCUCGGUGCUGCUGAUGCGGACCCGGAUACAGGGACCGUCAUCCCCGCUGAAAGUCGCCCAUGUGUUGACUGUCACGCCUUCGAGUUCAUGCAGCGAGCACUGCAAGAUCUAAAGAAGACGGCCUUCAACCUGGAUGCAAGGACGGAGAUGCUGGUGCUGAGGGCAGAGCGGCGGGCCCUGUGCGACUGCAUGCUCGGCGGCUCACUGCGCUAAACAUCACCUCCCGCCACCUCGCAGUCACUCAACACACACUCUCGGAACCUCUUCACACGCUCAAACACACGUUCAUCGCAAUGGGCACUUUAUUUUCCUCUUUUGUCUUUUUUCUCUGAAAUGUAUGAUUUGUUGAUGACACUGGUGAGUACUAACAUCACAGGGUCAAAAUCUCAUCCUUCAUUUCAUGGAACACCACUUUGGUUUCAGCAUUUCAUAAAAAUCUAUGUCCAUCAAUGUAGAAUGUAUCCAUUAAUGUAUAUGUUGACUGUGGUUAAGAAGUUUCAUGUUAAACAUAUAAAACUGUAGCAUUUGGAAAACCUAAGCAAGUGGUCUAUCAAAGUUUUCUAAUCACCGUUUUAGUUCACUGUUAAAUCUAAGAGAAGUAGACAGGUCAUGUCGGUGCUGUCUCACUAUUUGGCAGGCAAUUUAUAAUUCAAACGUAUAACAGGCAUGAAAUAGAAGGUCACAAUUGAGGAGGAUAACGUCAUCUACUCUAUAUUUAGGGAUUUAUUUUACCUUUUAAAUGCAUGUACUUCAGCGUGUGGCCUAUCUAAGAGUAGUUAUAUAUGGUUCACUCCACCUUUACAUAGGGCCACAUAUUUUAAAGUAAAAUGUUGCUCGUGUUCCCGACACAAAAAUAUAAUUUGCUUUUUUUUUUAAACUCCGAGCAGCAUCAAACACUUCAGUCAGAAAACCUUUUUGAUUUUGCGCAGCACUGUAGCAUGAAUUACAGCACUUUUUUGUCAACCGAUUGUUCACACUUUAGACUGUAUGUAAAGAUUCUUCUAUGUAAAUGACAGAGCUGUUUUAUUUGUGUCACUGUUUAUCAAGUGUAUGCAAGAGUAGAGUCAAAAUGCAAUAUAGUAUGUCGGGAGCCGCUCGGGGGGGAAGUGAGAUUUCAUUGUUAUAUCAUUUCAAUACUGUAUUGCCACAUUGUUGUAGUUGUUUAACAGAGUCUUAAUAAACACUUUCGUGUUGUUUG